CGCACCGCACAUACCAAACAGAGGCAGCCCCUUUGGGCUGCUCUCUCUCUCUCUCCUCCUUCUCCUUCAUUUUUCCUCUUUUCUUUAGUUUUAUUUUAGAGAUUUCAAGGAUUUACUCACACAAAGCUUCAAGGAUUCAUCAAAGGGCUCAACCUCUACAAGAUUCAAGAUUUGGGUAAUUGUGGGAGUUAUAAUUCAAGAGUAGUCAUGUUGGCUUUCUAGCUAAUUGUGGCUAUCAUUGUUUUCUCCUACACUUCUCUUUUCUUUUCUCUUUGAAUUUUGUAGUUUUGAUGUCUAUAAUUAUGGGUUGUGAGUAAUUUUCUUGUUGGGUUUUAGGGUUGUGUCCCUAACCCAAAUUUUGUGUAAAAGAUGUUUAAUUUAAUGUAAUGAUGCAAUUUUCAUAUGAUGGAUGCUUAUAUCUAUUUUUGUUGGGUUAAAAUGCAUGUCUAGGAGCCUAGUCAACUCUAGGGUGUGUAUUUUGAGCAUGUCUAGGAUGGAGUUAGGGGCUUGACUUCCUCUAAUUCCUAAGCUAGAAACCUUCAAUUUCGUAUUCGAGGGGUUAUAAGCAUGGUGAUUUACACCCGUUGCGUGAUUGCGCGGGCGGGUCGCUUAGUAGUCUAAUUCCUCGAUCUCUACGCCUCUUGAUGUGAAUUAGUGACCAUUGAACCGGCUCUAAUUCAUGCCAAGUGAGUCCCUACGGCCCUUGAACCGGAGUAGGAAUACCAUGAAAGGGAAUUUCGGUCCUUGAGCCUUGAACCGCCUUGGAUACGACUACCGCCAAAAUAGGAAAUAUGCAUCUAUAUUAGAUUAGCUUCCGACACAUAGAAUUUGGGUGAAGGAACCUCCCUAGCACCCAACAUUCCCAUUUAUAUUGUUUAUACUUUUAUUAAUUUCUUUGUGUUUUUAUUAAUUGCUUUUCAUUUCAUUACAUUUUGUUAAUUUAAAAUCCUCUAUCCAAAAUAUUGAACUUCGACUCAUUGUAAAUAACCACCCGCUAGGUUCUUAGUUUUGAUUAGGCUUUGGUGAGAACCAAAACCGAGCAUUGCUAGGGCUUGGUGCCUUAGAUUAACAUUUUUAUUUAUUUUCUUUUUCUUUUCUUUGUUUGCUAAGUGUCUUUAUUUCCGAUUACCCAAGGAUUGUGGGUUAGCCACUAAUCCCCGUGGUAUGAUAACUUUGGGCAUUAUAUUUCCCUAUCUUGACAAUGAUACGUACGCUUGCGUAAAUGUGUAUCCAAGUCAAUGGCGCCGUUGCCGGGGAUUAAAGUGUAAUAGCUUUAAUCCCUUGGUUUUCGGUUGUUAGGUCACUUGCAUUAUUUUCUUAGUUUUAGUUAAUUUUUCUUUGUUUGUUUAGAUUAAAAAAAAAAAAACUGUUUCUUUAUUUUACUUUUCUUAUUUGAUUAUUUCCUAGUUGUGUGUUUGUUUGUUGAGACUUGUGGUUAUUUCUAUCGAAGUGACGGGCCUUGUAUUACUUUGUAGUACAUGUAAGACAUGAGCAUCGAUAGCGAUCGUCACUUGCCUUGACUUGUUUGCUAGCUUUUUAUUAGGUUUCCUACUUCGUCGUUAAUUUCUUGAGUUGUUGGUUUUCAUCAUUCCUUUGCUUUUGUUAUUUUAUUUUCUUGUUUAAUUGUUGUCUUACUUUCUCUUCUUAACCCCUCUCAUUCAUUGAAAAAAAAAAAGAAAGUGAAAUUUGAUUCUCAUUGCCUAUUUUGUGAAUUUUUGAGUACUCAUUACGUGGUCUCAUUUUUGUUCCAAGGUGUAUGAACGAAGCAUCUUCUUCAUAUCAACCGAUCACUCUUAGAAGCGGAAGGGUAUUGAGUGAGGAUACUAGAGGAAGACCAAGAAGGAGGAUCCGAAGGCCAUUAGUGACCGAGAGUGCUCCACCUCGAGUUCUUGAUCAAGAGAGAGUACCUCUAAGACAUUCACAAGGAGAAGUCAACAUGGGAGACGCACAAAAUCCUCCUCAAGGCAAGACCAUGAGGGAGUACACUAGCCCCACUAUUGUUGAUCACCCUUCUUGCAUUGUACUCCCUCCAUGUGAGCAUCACUUUGAGAUCAAGCCAACUACCUUGAGCAUUCUACCCACAUUUAAUGGUAUGGCUUUGGAAAACCCUUAUGACCACAUUGCGGAGUUUGAGCAAGUGUGUACUACCGUUCAACCUAAUGGUCUCACUUCUAAUGGUUUGAAUCUUAGAUUAUUUCCUUUCACACUCAAGAACCAUGCAAGAAAGUGGUUGAGCAAGUUGCCUCCUAGAUCAAUACGUACAUGGGUUGAGAUGCAAGAAACUUUCUUAGGAAAGUACUAUCCUCCUUCAAGAACUUCCAAUGUUAGAGAUGAGCUAAUUGCAUUUAGACAGCACCCACAAGAAAGUUUCCAUGAGUGUUGGGAGCGCUUUAAGGAUCUUGAGAUGUCAUGUCCUCACCAUGGGUUAGAGAAGUGGUUUCUUGUGGACAAGUUCUAUAGAGGAUUGAUGGCGGACCAAAGACAAAGAGUUGACACUUUUAGUGGUGGAACUAUUGCAAGCAAGCUUCCCGAUGCCGCUUGGGACACAUAUGAAGAGCUUUCACUUAAUUCCCUUCAUUGGGAUGAUCAUGAUGCAAGGAGACAACAAGCACCUAGCAAGGAGAACACAUCGAGCCGUGGUGGAAUCUAUGAGGUUCAAGGAACAUCAUCCGGGCCUUCUAUGCAUGAGUUCAAGAGGCUAGAAAGCAAGAUUGACCAAUUUCUAAACCAAGUGAACCGGAAUCCUCCUCAAGCCCAAGUCAAGAUGGCAACUUCUACAUCAUGUUUGCUUUGUGAGAGUCUAGCACAUUCCACUCAAGAGUGUCACUUAUCAUCCAAGUUUCCGGACUUUAUUGAAGAACAAGUGAACCAAGUGGGUAAUUUUGUGCCAAGGAACCAAAGAAAUGAUCCUUACUCUAAUACUUAUAACCCCGGUUGGAGGAAUCAUCCCAAUUUUUCUUGGAGAGACCAAGGAGGUUCAUCUAGUGCAUUUCAAGGUGGAAAGCAAAGCUUUAGAGGUGGCCAAGGUCAAGACUCAUCAAAUGUUGCUCAUUAUGGCAAUGCACACCAAGGAAGCACUCAUUUUUCACAACAUGGUCAACAUGGACAGCAAGCAUAUGGGCCUAAUUACCAAGGUCAAUCAACCUCAAGUCAUGGAUUUCAUGGUCAAAACACCCCUCCCCGGUUUACACAAGGUGUUGGCUAUAGUGGUAGCAAGUUUCAAGGCAAUCCUAGCUCAUUUCAAGGCACCCACCAAGGCGAGAACUACAAUUCCCCUCCUAUUCUCCAGGGCAUUCCUAUUCAAGCUCCAAAUGAACCAAAGAAGCCUAAUUUUGAAGACUUGAUGGGAGAGUUUCUCAAGGUUCAAACUUCUACUAAUGCGGAUACCAAGCAAAGCAUCUCUUCACUAGUUCAAGGGUAUCAAACUCUACAACAAGGCAUGGCUAGACUAGAGGUACAAGUGGGCCAAAUAGCCACCAACAUGAGUGAGAGACCAAAAGGAGCCUUACCUUCACAACCGGAGCCAAAUCCAAGAGGCCAAAUCCGUGAAUGCAAUGCCAUUACCACUCUACGUUCGGGGAAGGUAUAUGAUAAUCAAGUUUACAUGCCCACAUCUUCUAGUUUCCAUACAAAUCCUUUAUUUGAUGAUGAUGUCGAUUUGCAUUCAUAUGGGACCAAGAGGGAAGAAAAUGUACCUCUUGGCCAUGUUGUUGAUGAUAAUUUGCAUUUGCAUCAUGAUUCUUUAUAUUACAAGGAGGAUGGGACCGGAAGGGAAGAAAAUGUACCUUCCGGUAAAUAUGGAGUGGGUGAUGUGACUUUGAAUGCCAAAGGAAGAAAUAAGGGGGUGGAUAAGGUAGCCAGAGGGGAAGAAAAUGUACCCUCCGGAGAAGCUAUUCUUGGUCAAGGUUAUGGUUUCUUGUCCUUUGAUAACAAUGCAAGCAAAUAUGGGUUGAUUGAUAAUGGCAAGGAAAGAGCUUUGUUGAGAAAGAAGACUUCUAGGGAUGAGGAUGUCUCGGACCCUAAAUUAGAUGGUGAGGCCAUGAAGGCUAGGGACCCAUCUAAGGCCGAUGACACCUCUAGGAAGGUUCUUGAUGACACUAGACCCACCACUCAUGAGUUUGAGCCAUCUACUUCUAGAGACAAAGAGGGGAGGAAUAAGGAGGAAGAUUUACAUAUGCAUGGUAGCUCUAGGGAUAGGAGUGGUCCGGUCUACUCAUCACUAGGCGAGGCUUUGAAGGCUAAGAACCCUAGUGGGACCGUGACUACCCUUAGGGGCGCCACCGGAAGUCUCACAUUUGACCCACCUCUUGAUUUGAAUACACCGGAGCCACCACUUCCUUAUGCUAAUGCCGCAAGAAGAGAUAACUCAAAGAGGGGUAAGAAGAAGAGUGGCUUGAUGAGGGAGAUACAAGAAAUAUUUAAGAAAGUGGAUGUCAAUAUCCCAUUGAUGGACCUCAUUCAUCAAGUGCCGGUGUAUGCUCAAUUUCUCAAGAGCUUGUGCAUGAAUAAAAAGAAAUUCAAAGCCGAUGAGACAUUUGAGUUGAAGGAGGAAGUAAGUGCAAUUAUCCAACGAAGGCUACCACCAAAGAUGCAAGAUCCGGGGAUCUUUACAAUAGGGUGUACUAUUGGGGAGAAAGUGUUUGAAGGAGCUCUCAUGGACUUAGGGGCGAGUGUCAAUUUGAUGCCUUUAGCUAUAUACCGGAAGCUACAAAUUGGUGAGUUGAAGCCCACAUCGAUUAGAUUGCAAUUAGCGGAUCGUAGCACAAGGCGUCCGGUGGGAGUUGUAGAGGAUGUGCUAGUGAGAGUAAAUAAGUUUAUUCUACCGGCCGACUUUGUAGUGUUGGAUAUGGGUGAAGACCCCUACCUUGAUAAUGAGUUACCUAUCAUUCUAGGCCGACCAUUCAUGGCAACGGCGGGUGUGAAGAUUAAUGUGUUGAAGGGUACCAUUAGACUCAAGGUGUUGGGUGACAAAGUGAAGAUUAAAGUGUGCAAUCCAUUCUAUCCGCCGGACAUUAUGAAGGAGGUAUUCUCUAAUGAUUUGGUGAAGGGUAAUGAAGCCAAAAGUGAGCGGAUCUUUGGACCCUUGAAUCCUUCCAAGCCAACAAUGCGUGCACAAGAUCAUUUCUCACCUAUUUGGGGUUAUGACAAUGAGCCACCAUUGAAGCAUGAUGAUGUCAUCCCUACUCCUACUUUGGAGCCUACUAUCGAGCUUGAAAAGCAAACAACCCCUACUCUUGAGACUUAUGAGCAACACAAGAAGAAGAGUCCACCAUUAAGUGAAGCACAAAAGGAGUCCAUCAAGAAGUUAAGGGAGGUUUGUGGAGUUGUCAAGAAGAAGGAAGGAUCUAAGAGGUAUGAUUGGCCUCCACCUCUAAGCUACAAGCUCGCUUCUUCAAUUGCUAGAUGUUUUGGAAAUGAUAGUGAGGCUAGCACAAUUGUUGUGGGUGGUAAGAAGACAUCCUUUGAGCCACCUUGA